GUGGUUUCACGAAGCUGCAACAAUGGAGGCGUGUGUGUGAAAAAUGUAGCGUUUACACGGGAGACGGAAGACACAGAAUAUCAAAGAGAAGAAACGGGGUCAGAAGCAGAGGAAAAAGGAGGACGCCGCCAAGUCAUAUCGUCGACUCUCGCCCUCCUCCUGUGACUUCCAUGUCUCUCUCCGGGGUGGGUCUAGCCCAAAAAACUCGAUAUACAACAAUGGGCUUUGGGAGCUCGGGCGGACUCGGAGAAUCCUCCUGCAGCUGUUUAGAGAGCCGAGGAUAGGACCGAGACAUCGGACCGAGUCGAUGAGGGUGUCCUGUCCGCUUUUGUACUGCGUCUCUCGGCCCCGGUGUCUAGAAGCGAUUUAUUCACUGAGCAUAAAUGCGGUCGUAGUGGGGUUUAAAUGUUGAUAUUCAGUCUUUGCGAAACAUAGUGGCAGCGAAUCGAUUUCUUUGUAAUUUCGCUGAGUGGAUGAAGUGAAUUGUACAACAAAAAAAAAGGGGGGGAGUCGGGCUGCAGUUUGGUCUCGUGUGAUGAUAGGAGACACAAUGACGCUCUUGUCUCUACUGGGUCGGAUCAUGCGUUAUUUUCUCCUCAGGCCUGAGACAUUGUUCCUACUGUGUAUAAGUCUGGCGCUGUGGAGCUAUUUCUUCCACACCGACGAGGUGAAAACCAUCGUCAAGUCCAGCCGGGACGCCGUGAAGAUGGUGAAGGGGAAGGUGGCGGAGAUGAUGCAGAACGAUCGGCUCGGAGGCCUCAGUAUCCUGGACGCAGAGUUCUCCAAAACCUGGCAGUUCAGGAACAACAACGUAGCCGUGUACUCCAUCCAGGGCAGGAGGGAUCACAUGGAGGACCGCUUCGAGGUGCUCACAGACAUCUCCAACAAGAGCCACCCGUCCAUAUUCGGGAUAUUUGACGGUCACGGUGGGGAGGCUGCAGCUGACUAUGUGAAAGCCCACCUGCCUGACUCACUGAAGCAGCAGCUGCAGGGCUUUGAGAGAGAAAAGAGAGAGAGCACUCUGUCUUAUGCCAACAUCCUCGAGCAACGCAUCCUGACUGUGGAUCGUGAGAUGCUGGACAAGCUCUCUGCCAACCAUGAUGAAGCAGGAACAACAUGUCUUGUAGCGCUGCUGUCGGACAGGGAACUCACCGUGGCUAAUGUUGGAGACUCUCGGGGCGUGCUGUGUGACAAAGAUGGGAACGCUGUUGCACUAUCACAUGACCACAAGCCUUAUCAGCUCAAAGAGAGGAAGAGGAUCAAGAGGGCAGGAGGUUUCAUCAGUUUUAAUGGAUCCUGGAGAGUCCAGGGAAUCCUAGCAAUGUCGCGCUCUCUUGGAGACUACCCACUGAAGAACCUCAACGUUGUCAUCCCAGACCCUGACAUAAUGACCUUUGACCUUGAUAAACUUCAGCCAGAGUUCAUGAUCCUGGCUUCAGACGGCCUGUGGGACGCUUUCAGCAACGAGGAGGCGGUCCGCUUCGUCCGUGAGCGUCUCGACGAGCCUCACUUUGGCGCCAAGAGCAUCGUCCUGCAGUCGUUUUACCGUGGUUGCCCUGACAACAUCACUGUCAUGGUGGUGAAAUUUAAAAGUGGAGCUGGGGGGAGUAGCAAGGCAGGGUAGUAGACCAGGGUCAGAUUUAGAGUGAAUAUUAAUGUAUAGUGUGUGUAUAUCUGAUAUCAGAUAUAUAUCUAAUUGAAACAAGGGCAUUUUAACUCAAUGCAUGUCUCAUGAAAAUCUUCAUAAUGUCAAAUACAUCAAAAUACUAAGACAACAGAGGAGAUGAAUGAAAUGAGGACAGACGUCAAACAGUGGGUUUCCUCUGAACCAGCACACAUUAGACUGUGAUUGAUUUACUACUGUUUACUAUACAUGCACAUGAAUGGUACAGCUCCACUGGAGGCUUCCGCAGAGGAGGCUUAAACUAGUGCCUACUCAACAAUGACUGUGCAUCUGCAGGAAGCUACUUAAAUUGUAUGUGCAAGAAAAACAACAACCUGCCUGCUACAUUUUGGGAAUUCUCUCAAGUAAUGGAUGUGUCUGAUAUAGUAUUGAGCUGAAUCAUUUUGAUAAUUGUGAACAGACUCCAGUGGAUCCAUACCUUAAUAAUCUAUGUUAAAGUGAUGCUACAACUAAAAUCUGACUUUUGAGCAAUAUUACAAGUGGUGGUGACAAUGCAUCCUAAGAGCAAGCACUGUAAGAGAAACAUCACAAAAAUGUCCUUUUAAAAGCCUUUAACCUACUUGAAACUUGUUAAUUCAAAUCGUCUAUGUCCUGAGUAUGUUCAAAAUACGUUUUUUUGCAAAAGUAAGGCUGAAUGCAACCAGUUAAAUGUACAUACUCUGUUUUAUUUUUGUACAAUUAGUACAGUAUAAUUAGGUGAAUGUUUUUUAAAGUUUGGGUGUAACUUCAAUAAGCUAAAAAUGUAAAUCCUUGAGUAAGCAUAAAGUUUGUUCUUUUGGCAAGCCAGCAGGGAACCCAAAAGAGAUCUGAUGAGUUUCUGUUGAAAUUUUCAAUUUACUUUUCUACUGUAGAGAUAGGUUACUAUUGAAGUCCUUUGUUGCUAUUUUUAGAAAUGGCACCAAACUACAUCGAGUAAUGUUCUUGCCUUUUAGCUGCAAAAGGUUCCUUGUGUGUGCAGAUGGGAAGUGAUGCUCAAAGGUGAGAUUUUGGACGAAGUUCUACUUUAACAUAUAACACCUACACACAAACGCACUAACAGGUAUGAAGAAAUGCACUUUUUAGGAGUUUAUUUUUUUGGAAUUGUAAAUUAUUACAUAUCAUUCAAUGUAAACUCUACAUCCUCUGUAAUACAGGAGGAGGUUUUCAUGUAUGCUGAACAUGAUGUUCAUUUCUUUGUUCUGCAAGUUUAUUGAGCUUAUGUAGACUGCUCGAAUCAAAGUACUCAAACGACAACUAUCAGGGCAUGUGCUUGGGCUUAUCCAUGUUCAUUUUGUAAGCUAUCUUUUCAUAGGACUCUGGUGACUUUUGACAAUGGAAGCACAGAGCUGAAGCAGACAUCCACACCUCCAAGGGAAAAUAAAAGAGGACCCAACUUGAACUGUACAGCAGCAGUCUGUAUGCUAGUAACUCAAUAUGCGAUACGUUGUAAAGCAAUACAGCUGGUGUCAGACAACAACAACCUGUCAGAGAGAACUCAGUAAACCUGACUUGAUUUACUACUGUUUUAUGUUCAACUACUUUUCACCACUGUGUUUCAUGAUCUUUGAAUCAGUUAACAGAAGCCUUUUUUUUAUUUAACAUGUUCGGCCUACCUAAUGCCUUACUGGUUUUCUUUAUUUUUGAAGAGUCUUGUGUGUUGCCAGGACAAACGGUAUAUUGUUUUGUUUUUUUCCUUCUCUACAUGAGCGGAAGUUUACAACACAUUCGAUACAUCGCUUUAAUCUGAAUAUGAGUUCAUAACUCAGACAAGAUGAGCUGAUGCUCAGUGUAAAAAAAAACAAAAAAACAAUGUAAAUAAACUGUAUGUAAACUACAAGUAUUAAACAAACUCAUCUUAAA